AUUUUAAAAAUUAGGUUAUUUCAAUAUUUCUGAACGGAAUCUUGAUUUCCAUCAUUUUUAUUUACUGGCAACAUUUCUCAGCCUUUUCCGGCUUCUUGUGUCAAAGAAAGCCUCACCAUGAAGCAAAUCGUUGCUAACCAAAAGGUGAAGAUCCCUGAUGGGCUCACAGUUCACGUUAAGUCGCGGCUGGUGACAGUGAAAGGCCCGCGCGGUGUGUUGAAAAGGAACUUCAAGCACUUGGCUGUGGACAUUCGCAUGGUGAAUCCACGGCUCCUCAAAGUAGAGAAAUGGUUCGGCUCAAAGAAAGAGCUCGCUGCUGUCAGGACAGUCUGCUCACACGUUGAAAACAUGAUCAAAGGUGUGACCAAGGGUUUCCAGUACAAGAUGCGUGCAGUAUACGCUCACUUCCCCAUCAACUGUGUAACCACUGAAGGCAACUCAAUCAUUGAAAUCCGUAACUUCCUUGGUGAGAAAUACAUCAGAAGGGUAAAGAUGGCACCUGGUGUGACCGUCGUCAACUCACCCAAACAAAAAGAUGAGCUGAUCAUCGAAGGAAACUCAUUGGAAGAUGUCUCCAGCUCUGCAGCUCUCAUCCAACAGUCAACCACCGUCAAGAACAAGGAUAUCCGAAAAUUCUUAGACGGUCUUUAUGUUUCUGAAAAAACAACUGUUGUUAUGGAUGAAAUAUAAGGAAUUUUGAUAACAUCUUAAA